AUGGAACGCCUGGCUUUGAUGAUUAGUCGAUAUGUUAAUGAAGGCAGAUGGAAACCAAUUUCCUUGGGCCGCGGUAGAGUCAAGAUCCCAUAUUUACUCUUUGCAGACGAUCUUCUUUUAUUCACUGAGGCAACAUCUGACCAGGUUGAGUGCGUGACUGACGUCCUGAGAGUAUUUUGUCAAGAUUCAGGCUUAAAAAUUAGUGCAUCCAAAACUAAAGUUUUCUUCUCCAAGAAUAUUCUCACGGAUGAAGCACAAGCCAUCGCGUCUUAUAUGAACUUUGAGCGGGUCGAUAAUUUGGGUAAGUACCUGGGGAUGCCCGUUAUUCAUGGGAAAGUAACCCAUGAGACUUACUCUAACGUUCUGCAUAAAGCGGAAACGAGAGAGGACAACUUCACCUUCCCGCGCGGGUCCACCGUCAUUCGGGCUAUCGCUCGAGUUUGGAAAAAAGUAGUCGAGGGCACCCGUUGGUCGAUUCGGAAUGGGACCCGUGCUCGAUUUUGGAAAGACCGUUGGCUUCCGGGCUCAAACAUUCUCUCGUACAUAGCAAUCUGCCCGAUCCCAGGGGAGCAACUUGAUUGGACGAUUGACAAAUUAGUUAACGGUGCGAGAGGUUGGCGUUGGGACCUUUUCCAGGAGCUAUUACCUGCUACUACCUGUUUGCGAAUUUCCGCGGUCUCGCCUCCUUCUUCGGGCUUGGGCGACGAUCUCAUGUACUGGGGCUGGUCCUCGGAUGGGCACUUUUCCACAAGGUCAGCCUAUGCUGCAUUGACAGGUGAGAAUACGUCGAGCGAUAGGCAUUUGUGGAAGGAUAUUUGGAGUUGGACCGGCCCGCAAAGAAUCCGGCAAUUUCUGUGGCUGACUAUUAAAAACAGACUGCUAACUAACGAGGACCGUCACCGCCGUCACUUGGCUGCGUGUGCGGCAUGCGAGGUGUGUGGAGCCGCCCAAGAAACGUGUCUUCAUAGCCUGAGGGACUGUACUCAUGCGAAGCGAACAUGGCGCCACCUCAUCCCUCACCACCAACAGGCCGCUUUUUUCAGCCACGAUCUUAACGAGUGGGUGCGGCAAAAUCUGAGAAACGAGCUGCACAUUCAAGUGGAUAAUUGGAGUUGCGUUUUUGGAGUUACUCUGUGGCAACUAUGGCGGGAUAGAAAUGCGUUCAUCUUCGACAAAAAAAAACUUAAUAUACAGAGGCGAUUGGCGGUAAUAGGUGGUCUGGUCGAGGGAAUAAAUUCAGCAUCCCUUACUACCAAAAAGUUUGGAGCUUUGUUCAGACGCCUGCGACACCAAGCAAAUCCCAUCGUCGACUGCCACCACCUGUCGUCGUGCCACCGCUGUCGGAGCACAAGGAACUCCGACAAAACAGUCGCUGCUUCGGUGCCGUUCUAG